CUGGAACGUUCAAUUUAGCACGUAGGUGUUGGACCACGUGAACUGUUGAGUCGCACACACAGAUAGCGGGAGAGCGCUGCUCUGCUCUGUGUCCAAGCCGCAUGCGACAAGCUGACAAGCGCACUUGAGUGAAACUCGAAUAUGAGAGACAGCGUGACGUAUGCUGCUGGAAAACGAGCUUUUGUGAAUGCAAACGUCUGAUCUAGUAUUUACUCUCCGAAGGCGCGCUUGCGAGAGCUUGGCUUAUUGGUUCAGUGUUGGCCGUGUCAGAGGCUGACGCAGCCGGAGCGCCUAUCCGCGUGUGGGACACUGACACCUGACGCCUUCGUCUCCUUCACACAGUCGCCGGGUCCUCUUUAUCACGACCACUCCGGUUUCUGCAGUGCAGGGGGGGGCUUCACUUCACUCUAUGGAAACGGAGCCCGUGGAACCUGACCCGGUCAUGCUGCCUCCAAAGAACUGCCUCCCGAGGAACUACAGCUGCAUAGCGGGGCUCUUCGGGAACCUGGCAGCGGCGAAUCCCAGAUUUGAAGAUGGGGAGGAUUUCGAAAUGAUGAACGGGACCUGUGAGCCCAUCGAGAGCCCCGUGGUGGACGAGAGACCGAGGGGCCGGGAAAUCUUACUCAAGCCCUCGCAGAGUCCGAACCUUCGCCGGAGAUGCAAGUCUCUGCCGACCCCCAUAGAGAGGGGGAAGCUGGAGAUUUGCCGCAGCCGCAGUCCAACCAGUCAAAAGAAGGUCCGGUUCGCCGACUCUCUGGGCCUGGAGCUUACGUCGGUGAAGCACUUCGACGACGCAGAUAUGCCCCAGGUGCCGGAGCGCAUAUUGGCCAAAUUCCCCAAAGGGCCGCUCCAACUAAACCACUUUGACACAAAAUUCCCGCGACCCCCCACGCAGUCUGUGUUUAUGGAGCUGCAGUUCACCAACCCGGGGACCCUGCCCGACUUCGAGCGGAGGGUGAGAGAGGUGAGGGUGAUGCUGGAGACGGUGGAGGCAGACGAAUUCAGCCUCUCCGGCUUCGUGCGCGUAUUGAACCUGGCGUUCGAGAAAAGCGUCUCUCUGCGGUAUUCCCUCAACAACUGGAUAACGUUCAUGGACAGCCUGGCCUCCUACGUGCCGGACUCGAACGACGGCGUGACUGACAAGUUCUCCUUCAAGAUCAUCACGCCCACGUUCCUCGAGAGUGGAGGCACGCUACAGUUCGCCAUUAAAUACUGCGUCGGCGGCCGUGAGUUUUGGGACAAUAACAAUGGGAAAAACUACAAAGUGCGGCGACACCGGCUCAAGAUGUCCCCUCCGCGGGAGUGGGAGAACGGCUGGAUUCACUUCAUCUAGUUUUUUUUGUUUUUGUUUUUUGUGCUUUGCGUUGGUCUCUGGGUUGGCAAGCUGCGUGCGCAAGCGGCGCGUUUUCGAUCCUUGGGCACUGCUAUGAAGAUUAUUGCCUGUUAAUGAUAAUUUGUAACUGCCGUUGUCAGCAAUACACUGUCAUAUUGUGUCGUUGUCUGAAAGUGUAGCUGUUUCCCUCCACCAACUCCAAUACUGGCUCUGCUGUAUGGCAUCCCUCGACAGGUUUGACUAAUUGAGAGAAUAAGCUAUUGAUAGGUAGGUGCCCGUUGAAGGGAUGCGGGGCCGGUAGAUACGUUGCCUUGAUAUCGGGGCUGCGCAUAGCUGUAUGCCCUCUGGCAGGGCACGUCCGCGUCCACGCCGUUACGUAACGGAGACUCACAUGCAACGGGAAACGUGCCAGGCAAUGCAGACUCGGAGCAUUGCUGUUCUUUCCAGAAGCGCAGGGAAUUUGGCGGUGAUGUUUUAUUUUGAAAAUCGUCUAUCAAAAUUUUCACAUACACACACACACACACAUACACACACACACACACACACACACACA